AUGACUGAUUCUCAACUGCAAUAUAACAGUAUCGGUUCGAAGUAUGCCGAAAUUCAGGAAGUGGAUCGUCGAAAAUAUGUUGAACAUUAUACAGUUCACAAUCGAAUGCUUCGACGUGUAGCGGAUGAGAAUGGAUUGCUUACGGGAAAGCGUGCACUUGAUCUGGGAUGUGGUCAGGGUUACUACACUCGUAUAUUGAAAGCAUUAAACUGUACUUAUGUCCUCGGUGUUGAUGUAAGUUCAGCAAUGAUCGACCUUGCUCGUAAAAUUGAAUCUCAUAACAAAGAUGAUAUCGAUUAUAUAGUUGCUGAUGCGAGAACACUGCCCUCACCGCAACAGCCUUUCAAUUUGGUCACUUGUAUAUAUGUAUUUGAUCAUGCUCAAACAGAGAAGAACCUAUUCGAAAUGAUUCGCACAAUUUAUACGCAACUGACUGAAGAUGGACAUCUAAUUGCUAUUAUAGCUAAUGUCCGAGCAGGUAAAAACGCAUUCGAAAACCGUAAAUAUGGCAUAAAGAAACGUUACAAAAAUCCUGUCGACGAAAAUCAUGUACCCAACGGCACCGAAAUCAUUGUCACAUUAUACAACAAGAAGGACGAACCAACAUGUACAUUCACUGACUAUUAUUACUCUGCGGAGACUUAUGAACAAAUAUUCAAGGAAAUAGGUUUCAAAUCUUUUGAUUGGGUUUUAAUGGAAUGCGACCCUGAAGCUCCUAACAAAGAGUUCUACGAUGAAUAUAUUAAAUGUCCGUCCUCUGUUGGCUUCAUUGCAAAAAAAUAA